CGCUGGUUGUAAUAGAUCGACUUGAAUGCGUCUUCUUGCUCCAGCAUUCAAGUUCCAUUUCAAGGGAGGACGACGUACCAUGAUACUUUCUGUUUUGUCGAGCCCUGCUUUGGUCUCUGGUUUGAUGGUUGUACGUGCUAAAAAUCCGGUACAUUCCGUUUUGUUUCCCAUCCUAGUCUUUUGCGACACUUCUGGUUUACUUAUUUUGUUAGGUCUCGACUUCUCCGCUAUGAUCUCCCCAGUAGUUCAUAUAGGAGCUAUUGCCGUUUCAUUCCUAUUCGUGGUUAUGAUGUUCAAUAUUCAAAUAGCGGAGAUUCACGAAGAAGUAUUGCGCUAUUUACCAGUGAGUGGUAUUAUUGGACUGAUCUUUUGGUGGGAAAUGUUCUUCAUUUUAGAUAAUGAAACCAUUCCAUUACUACCAACCCACAGAAAUACGACCUCUCUGAGAUAUACGGUUUAUGCCGGAAAGGUACGAAGUUGGACUAAUUUGGAAACAUUGGGCAAUUUACUUUAUACCUACUAUUCCGUCUGGUUUUUGGUUUCUAGUCUGAUUUUAUUAGUUGCUAUGAUUGGGGCUAUAGUACUUACUAUGCAUAGGACUACAAAGGUGAAAAGACAGGAUGUAUUCCGACGAAAUGCCUUGGAUUCUAGGAGCCAUAUAAUGAACAGGACUAUUUCUCCUUUUGGCCAUACCCAUAGAAGAAGCUUCUCCUCCGGAGCGGGGGGGCCGCCUGACAAUUACAAAGAAACCUUUAAAAUGUGGAUUUAG